GUAUCGACUAAUUCAUUGUACGAAGCGGAACAAUGAGACUGUUAAGUGUUCUAUCGGGACUGCUUCUUGUCUGCAGCACAAGCACAUUCGGUUCCAAGCUACAACAACCAUUCUCCGGUCCAUGGUUACUGAACGGACAGAAUGCGCCAUCAACAACCAUCGGCAAAAUGCCAUUCAGUGCAGAAAACAUAACGGAGGAGUUCUUCGUGACUUUAGUGGAUCACUUCAACCUUCAGAAUCGAGACACCUGGAGCAACAGAUAUCUCUCGCUGAUGGAUCACUUCGUACCGACUGGACCGAUUUUGAUUUUCCUCGCUGGCAGUAUCCCGGUCAAUUCGGCGCUAAUUGACGAGACAACACUCAUCAACGAGAUGGCCCGCGAGCUCGGAGGCGCACUGUUUGCCUUUGAGACACGCUUCUAUGGAGAGAGUCAACCGACAGUCGACUUGAGCGUUGAGAAUCUGAAGCUCCUCAACACGGAUCAAAUUCUGGCGGACUUGGCGGAGUUCGUGAUUCACCUGCGUCGCAACGUGAUUGGCAAUCCAUUCGCGCACGUCCUGGUAGCUGGUACAGGUCUCGGUGGCGGUCUAGCAACAUGGUUCCGCGUACGCUACCCACACCUGACUGAUGCUGCUUGGUCAUCUAGUGGCUAUCUGAACGCGAUCUACGAUUUCCAGGAGUUUUCGUCCGGCUGGGCUGAAACGGCAGUUCAAAUCGGAGGGCAGGAGUGUUACAACAGCAUCUUUGUCGCGUUUCAUGUGGCGCAGAACCUUGUUGAGGCUGGAUUCGAAAGGCUGAUGUAUGACAUGUUCAAUAUCUGCGAACCGAUCGACGCGGAGGAUCGGUUCGAUGUGGCUUACUUUUUUAGCGUUCUCAUGACCUCGAUCGAGGUGUACACGCUACGAAAUGGAGACGUACUGGAAUUUGAAAGGGUCUGUGGUUAUAUAACGAAAGACGAAUUUGGUACACCACUGGAAGCACUCGCUGACUGGUUCAACAAGCGCUUCGAAGAGGAUAAUGGGUGCAUUAUCGUAGAUGUGCACACGUCCGUUGAACAGUUCCUAACGGACGAUCCGGACGAUGAAGUGAAUGCCUCCGGUGCGCGUCUGUUCCUCUACCAGCAGUGUACGGAAUACGGUUGGUUCUUCACCACCGACUCCGAUCUGCAACCGUUUGGUGAGCGUGUUCAGAUGGAGCUGUACUAUGAGUUGUGUCGGCUCAUAUUUGGCGAGUGGAUCACGACCGAGUCGAUGUACCGUGGAGUGGUACGAACGAACGAUCUUUUCGGUGGUAACUCGCCGGUCGUUCAGCAGGUACACUUCACGAACGGUGCCCUGGAUCCUUGGCGCUAUGCAAGUGUUCUUUACCCGCUGAACUCGUACGCACUGGCCGACGUGAUUCCUUGGCAGCUGGCCGGAGCGGAUUUAAGGGCUACUUCAGUGGAAAAUGACUCCCAGGAGCUGUUGGAAGUAAAGACUCGAUUGAAGGAGCUAUUCGAGAGCUAUCUGUUCCCGGCCAAUCCCAGAAAGUAA